AUGCGUUUCUCCCGGUCGUUGAAGAGCAAGCGAUCACCGCCGGAGAUAAGGCGGGCCGGAAGAGCGGCGCACAGGGACAGCUCCAAACUCCAACUAUUGUUGGAGCAAUGGACUCAAUGUGAUGGGGUUUGGGCUGAAAGCGACUUUGUGAUAGAGUGCAGGCGCAAGACUCGUCACCGCCAGUAUGGUGCCCGAGUUUGGCUCACGCGCAGUGAGCUGAUCACAAAAUACCAAUCAGUGGCAGUGGCCGACUCCAUCAUAGAAGCCAAAGAACAGGACGAGGAAACUCGACAGUAUCUUGUAUGGGAGAAGGACGGCGAGGAAGAGCAAACAGACCAUGCCAAAAAAGGCAAGCACAAGACUAGCAGCAAGAAGAAGGCUCAGGGUAAGAAGGGUUCCAAAAAGACAAAGAAGACAAAGAAGGCAAAAGACAAGUCUUCGGAUUCGUCGAGUAGUGAUGAUGAGAAAAGUGAUACCAAGAAACCAGAAACCGAUGAGCAAAAGAAGAAAAGAGAAGAAAAAGAAGCAGAAGCAGAGAAGAAAAGACAACAGAAAGAAGCUGAAGCAGCGCUCACGAGGAUGGGGAACAGCAUUGCGAAGGCCAUGAGCUUGGAGGACAAACUCCAUACGAUGAGCAAAUCUGUUUCAGAAGCCAUCUUGGUGGAGGUCAAGCCCCACUUGGAAAAACUUCGGAAGGUCAGAGGUGGUCUGCAAAAGGCUGUUGAUGAAGCGAAGGCACUACGACCAUACUAUACUAGCUAA